CCCUCGCCGGACCCUAUGACCCGAGGCUCCGCUCCCUCCCUCUACCUGCCCGUCGAGUUCCAGAGGAUGGGCUCCUUCCGAAGGCCGAGGCCCCGCUUCAUGAGCUCCCCCGUGCUGAGCGACCUGCCCCGCUUCCAGGCCACCCGCCAGGCUAUGCAGCUCAGUUCCAAUUCGGCCUGGAACAGUGUCCAGACUGCGGUGAUCAACGUGUUCAAAGGGGGAGGCCUACAGAACAACGAGCUGUUCCUGCUGAAUGAAAACAUCAGGCGGCUGCUGAAGAGCGAGCUGGGAUCCUUCAUCACAGACUACUUCCAGAACCAACUUCUUGCUAAAGGGCUGCUGUUUGUGGAAGAGAAGGUUCACCUGUGUGAAGGUGAGUAUGAGGGGCCUUCUGGAGGGGGGUGGACGUUGGGUCAGCUGCUCAGGAUCCCUUUGGCCCCUGGGAGCAGGACUCUGGACUCCAGCCGAGGCCAGGAGCUGACGAUCCGCCAGAUCGCCCUGCUGGGCUUCCGGGACCUGGUGCUGCUCAAAGUCAGGCUGGAGGAGAUGCUCCCGGCGGGGCCGGCCCAGGUGCCCUCGUCCAUCGUGCAGAUGCUGCUCGUCCUGCAGAGUGUCCACGAGCCGGCCGGCCCGAGCGAGGGCUGCCUGCAGCUGGAGGAGCUGCUGAAGCGCGUCGUGUCUCCCUUCCUGGGCACGGGCAGCGGCGAUCGAGGCCUCUCGGGCGCGGCUUGUACGCUGGCACGCCGGCAUUCUCGAUCUCGCCCGAAGGUGACCGUCCUGAACUACUCCCAGGCAGCCGUGACGGCCCGCCCUCUCCACGAGAUGGCCCUGACCCCCCUGACAGAACAGGAGGGCGAGGCGUACCUAGAAAAGUGUGGCAGCAUCCGCCGCCAUACCGUGGCCAACGCUCACUCGGACAUCCAGCUGCUCGCCAUGGCCACCAUGAUGCACUCUGGCAUGGGGGAAGAGCCCGACGGCGGGGACAAGUGCCUGCUCCUCCCGCCCAGCUUCCCUCCUCACCGCCAGUGCUCCAGCGAGCCCAACAUCGUGGACAGUCCUGAGGAACUGGAGGAGGGGGUGACGGAUGUUCAGGAGCACGGGGAGCUCGGCUGUACGUCUCUUGGCUGAGCAGCUCUCUUUAGAGGAGGCAGGUGGCCCCAGGAG